AUGGAUAAGACUUGGAUUCAUCAUCACACCAGGGGUAGUAAAGAGUAUCAUAAAGGCAUAAGAGACUUCAUUAAGUUUGCUAAAAGACAUACAGAUGGGCUAGGUAGGAUCAAAUGUCCGUGUCGUCGCUGCAAAAAUGGUGACUAUAUUGCAAUUGAGGAGGUUGAGACUCAUCUAUAUAAGUGUGGGAUGUACAAGGAGUAUACUAAUUGGAUAUGGCAUGGGGAGGCUAAUGUUAACACCACUGCUAAUGUUAAUGCAGAAGCUAAUGUUAAUGCCGAACAUGGGGAUAAUGACAAUGAUGAAGGUAGAAAUGAAGACAAUGUAUUUGAUUUGUUGGAUAAUGUACGGAUGGGUAUGUUCACCAAUGUAGAACAACAAGAAGAUUCGCCUGAAGUUGAUAUAGGAGGAAGUUUUGAUAGAUUGCUAAAUGACGCACAAUGCGAAUUGUGGCCAGGUUGUAAAAAACAAUCUAAGUUGUCAGCAAUUUUGAAGUUGUUCCAUGUGAAGGUUACAAGCCGAAUGACCAACAAAUGUUUUGACAUGUUGCUUAAGGUGCUAAAGGAAUUGCUUCCCUAUGACAACACGUUGCCAAAGUCCUAUUAUGAGACUAAAACCUUGUUGCGUGAUUUAGGUCUUGGAUAUGAACCGAUCCAUGCAUGUAAAAAUGAUUGUGCUUUAUUCUGGAAGGAGAAUGAAGCUAAAGAAUGUUGUCCACAAUGUGGUGAGUCGAGGUAUAAGUCUCGAGAAGGUAAAGGAAAAAAGAUUCCUCAAAAAGUUCUUCGGUACUUUCCUUUAAAACAAAGGCUUCAAUGGUUGUUUAUGCAUAGGGAUACAGCUAUAGACAUGCGUUGGCACAAGGAGAAACAUGUCAAAGAGACAAAUUUGUUGAGACAUCCAGCUGAUUCAAAAGCUUGGGAGGAAUUUGACAAUAAGAAUAGUUGGUUUGCUGCGGAUCCUCGUAAUGUUCGUCUUGGGUUAGCAUGUGAUGGAUUCAAUCCAUUUGGUAACAUGAGUAAUGCUUAUAGUGUGUGGCCUGUAAUUAUUGUGCCCUACAAUUUGCCACCUUGGAUGUGUAUGAAGGAACCAUAUAUGUUUAUGUCAUUACUUAUUCCUGGUCCUAAAUCACCUGGUAAUGACAUUGAUGUGUAUCUGCGACCGUUAAUUGAUGAGUUAAAAGAAUUAUGGAUAGAUGGUGUGAUGACAUAUGAUGCCUACAAUAAAUCAAACUUUAAGCUGCAUGCAGGGUUGAUUUGGACUAUACAUGACUUUCCCGCUUAUGCAAUGGCAUCCGGAUGGAUGACAAAGGGUUUUUUGGCGUGUCUAAAUUGUAAUAAAGACACAUGUUCUUGUUAUUUGAGUCACGGGCAGAAGAUAUGUUAUUUGGGAGCUCGUAUAUUUUUGUCGUCCAAUCAUGCUUACAGGAAGCGUUACAAACAAUUUAAUGGCAAGAAAGAAGACAGAGAGCCACCAAAGCAGUUGACGGGUGAUGAUAUUCUGGAACAAUUUAAUCUCCUACCCGAGGUUAGAUUCGGAAAGGGACCAAACAAUAAGAAGCGGACUCGUGAGAAGAAGGAACUUAAUUGGACAAAGAAAAGUAUAUUCUUUGAAUUGCCUUAUUGGAGAACACUUUUGUUGCGACACAACUUAGAUGUUAUGCACAUAGAGAAAAACAUAUGUGAUAAUGUGUUAGGGACAUUAAUGAACAUCGAAGGAAAGACGAAGGACUCAUUCAAAAGUCGGUUGGAUUUAGAAGCAAUGGGAAUUAGAAAAGAACUUCAUCUUAGGCGUAAUGGUGAGAAAUUUGAGAUGCCACUUGCGCAUUACACAUUGUCAAAGGAUGAAAAAAGGCAAUUGUGUGAUUGGUUGAAGUUAGUGAAGUUCCCAGAUGGCUAUGCAUCAAACAUAAGUCGAUGUGUGAAUGUCAAUGAAGGUAAGAUAUCUGGAUUGAAAAGUCAUGAUUCGCAUGUACUCUUACAGCGUCUCCUCCCUCUAGCUAUACGAGGAUUGUUGCCCGAUGAUGUUUGUAAUGCGAUAACAGAGCUUGGUUUAUUUUUUAAGGAGUUGUGUUGUCGGACCCUUAAACUAGAUGUCUUAGAGGUAUUGGAAAGGGAUAUUGCUAUCAUAUUAUGCAAGUUAGAAAUGAUAUUUCCUCCAUCAUUUUUUGACAUAAUGGUGCACUUAGCUCUGCAUUUGCCACGCGAGGCCAUCAUUGCAGGACCUGCACAAUAUCGAUGGAUGUACCCUAUUGAAAGAUUUUUACGUACUCUCAAGUCUUACGUGCGUAAUAAAGCACGUCCUGAAGGGUCCAUCGCUGAAGCUUAUGUGGACAAUGAAUGCGUCACAUUUUGCUCAAGGUUUCUUCAAGGGAUUAAGACACGAUUCAAUCGAGAAGAAAGAAAUUACGAGGGCGACUAUUGCACCAAUUGGUCCACUUUUUCAAAGCUCAGGCAAGUGGUUCGUCCUUUAGGGGCUGGAAGUUUAGAGAUACUGGAUAUUGAAAGCAUGCAAAAGGCUAAAUUUUACGUGUUAAAUAACUGCGCAGAAAUUGCUUCAUAUGCAGUUGCACACAAGACUGAACUCAAGAAUGAAAACAAGGAUAAUGUACCAUUAAGACACGUAAAAGAAUUUUCGAGAUGGUUGGGAACACGAAUAAAGGAAGAGCGUCAUUAUCAAGAGUUAGAAAUUAGUGAUGACCUGUAUUCAUUAGCUUGUGGACCUGAUUUUCGGAUAAAUCAAUAUUCUGGUUGCAUUGUAAAUGGGGUCAGGUUUCAUACAAAGGAAAGGGAGAAAAAUCGAAAAACUCAGAAUAGUGGUGUGUUAGUCAAAACAGAGGAUGUUGAUUACUAUGGUGUCUUGACAGAUGUCAUUGAGUUACAAUAUCCUCUUAAGAGACGGGUAAUCCUAUUCAAAUGUGAUUGGUUCAACACAAGGACAGGUAUUAAGAGGGAUACUUAUUUCAAGAGUGUAAAUGUAGCCCGUAAAUGGUACAAAGAUGAGCCUUUUGUGUUGGCAAAUCAAGCAAAACAAGCCUUUUUUGUCAAAGACACCAAAUUACGAGGCACGUGGGAGGUCAUUCAAGAUAUAACACAUAGAAGCUCAUAUGACGUUCCCGAAGUGGAGGAUAACAGUAGAGUUGAGGAUGGAAUGUAUGCUACAGCAUAUCAAGAGGAUGAACCAUGCAUUGUGGAUAAGGUUGUUGAGGCGACCAACUUUGACAUAGAUCCACCAACUUUGAAUAGGGAUGGCUUGGAGGUUGAAAGUCUUGAUGCUGAAAUAAUUCUACAAAGUAAUGAAGAAUCUCGUCAUGAAAUUGACUGUUUUGACAAUGAUGAUGAAAUCUUGAUUGAAGACAAUGAUGAUGAAAUCUUGAUUGAAGACAAUUCAGAUGAUGAAGAAAAAGAUGAUAGUGAUUUGGAUUAA